AUGAAGACCUACACCGUCUCAGAGCCCUUCCUGGACGUGCGGUGCGAGCUCGCAGAAGGCCUGUAUUGGGAGGCGAGCGAGGGCGAGAACCAUCUCCGCUUCGUCGACAUCGUGAAGCAGGACGUCUACCGCGUAGAUCUAGCCCGGGGACCCGAAGCGUUGACUAAGCGGUCACUGGACACGUCCAUCAGUGUGACGGCAGAUAUCGCGGAUUCCAAGGACGCCUUCAUCUUCGGUGGGAAGCGCGGCAUCGGCAUCGCCAGCAAGCUUGAAUCUGAGAAGUAUCAUCGUUAUGUGAAGGGGUUCUGGGAGGGAGACGACGAUGCGGACGCCAAGUAUCACAGCAUGCGAGCGAACGACGGUGCCGUUGACAGCCAGGGCAGGUUCUGGGUCGGCGUGGUGAACGAUCCGUUAGUGACUGAGUUUGCUCCCGUGGGCGCGCUCUUUCGAUACGACCUCGACGGCUCGCUGCACCGGGUCCUCGAUUCCGUCACGAUUCCGAACGGGCUGAGCUGGAGCUUGGAUGAUCGCACAAUGUACUUUACAGAUUCGCCGACGAGGUGUAUUUAUGCAUUCGACUUCGCGGCUGAGAGCGGGACAGUCUCCAAUAGACGCGUCUUCUUCCAGGUCCCAGAGGGUGAGGGUGUCCCUGACGGACAUGCUCAGGAUAUUCUGGGCAAUCUGUGGGUGGCGCUCUGGGGCGGCUGGAAGGUGGUUGGGAUCUCCCCGACGGGAGAAGUGUUUGCAGAGAUCAAGCUACCGAUCCGCUGUCCGACGGUGACAGGAGAGGACCUGUAUGUCGGAAGUGAGGCUGAUCCAGAGCUGCACAAGUAUCCGGACUCCGCCCGAUAUCAAGGUGCCAUCUUCAGAUGUCCGAUUGGCAUUCGAGGACGGAAGCCGAACCUCGCUCGGGUCAAGGUGAACAUGCCAUAG